AUGAUUACAGCAAUUACAAGAUUACAGCAAUUACAAGAUUACAGCAAUUACAAGAUUACAGCAAUUACAAGAUUACAGCAAUUACAAGAUUACAAGGAUUACAAGAUUACAACAAUUACAAGAUUACAGCAAUUACAAGAUUACAUAGAUUACAAGAUUACAGCAAUUACAAGAUUACAGCAAUUACAAGAUUACAGCAAUUACAAGAUUACAUGGAUUACAAGAUUACAUGGAUUACAAGAUUACAUGGAUUACAAGAUUACAACAAUUACAAGAUUACAACAAUUACAAGAUUACAACAAUUACAAGAUUUACAGCAAUUACAAGAUUACAGCAAUUACAAGAUUACAGCAAUUACAAGAUUACAGCAAUUACAAGAUUACAUGGAUUACAAGAUUACAGCAAUUACAAGAUUACAGCAAUUACAAGAUUACAUGGAUUACAAGAUUACAACAAUUACAAGAUUACAGCAAUUACAAGAUUACAGCAAUUACAAGAUUACAUGGAUUACAAGAUUACAUGGAUUACAAGAUUACAGCAAUUACAAGAUUACAGCAAUUACAAGAUUACAGCAAUUACAAGAUUACAGCAAUUACAAGAUUACAGCAAUUACAAGAUUACAGCAAUUACAUGAUUACAGCAAUUACAAGAUUACAGCAAUUACAAGAUUACAGCAAUUACAUGAUUACAGCAAUUACAUGA